CCAACUUCUCGAAGCGGGGAGCCCGGCGGGGGGGUUAGGGGAAGCAAAAGACCUGCGGCCUCGGCCCCGCCGAAGAGCUGGGAGAUGACGGGGAAAGCGGGGGAAGCGCUGAGCAAGCCCAAAUCCGAGACAGUGGCCAAGAAUACCUCGGGGGGCGCCCCGGCCAGGUGCACGGGGUUCGGCAUCCAGGAGAUCCUGGGUUUGAACAAGGAGCCCCCCAGCUCCCACCCGCGGGCUGCCCUCGACGGCCUGGGCCCUGGGCACUUGCUGGCUGCACGCUCCGUGCUCAGUCCCGCAGGAGUAGGCGGCAUGGGACUACUGGGGCCUGGGGGGCUCCCAGGCUUCUAUGCACAGCCCACCUUUCUGGAAGUGCUGUCCGACCCGCAGAGCGUCCACUUGCAGCCGCUGGGCAGAGCGUCGGGGCCGCUGGACACCAGCCAGACGGCCAGCUCGGAUUCUGAAGAUGUUUCCUCCAGCGACCGAAAAAUGUCCAAAUCGGCUUUAAACCAGACCAAGAAACGGAAGAAGCGAAGACACAGGACAAUCUUUACCUCUUACCAGCUAGAGGAGUUGGAGAAGGCGUUCAAUGAGGCCCACUACCCAGAUGUCUAUGCCCGGGAGAUGCUGGCCAUGAAAACGGAGCUGCCCGAAGACAGGAUACAGGUCUGGUUCCAGAAUCGCAGAGCCAAGUGGAGGAAGCGGGAGAAGUGCUGGGGCCGGAGCAGCGUCAUGGCGGAGUACGGGCUUUACGGGGCCAUGGUGCGGCAUUCCAUCCCCCUGCCCGAGUCCAUCCUCAAGUCCGCCAAGGAUGGCAUCAUGGACUCCUGUGCCCCAUGGCUGCUGGUUCAAGAUGGCUUUCCCAGGCGCUUUUCUAAACCCGAAUACCAACAAUUCUUUUUAGGGAUGCACAAAAAGUCGCUGGAGGCAGCAGCGGAGUCGGGGAGGAAGCCGGAGGUGGAGCGCCAGGCCCUGCCCAAGCUGGACAAGAUGGAGCAAGAGGAGCGGGGCACCGAUGCUCCAGCGGCCAUGUCCCAGGAGGAACUGAGGGAGAACAGCAUAGCGGCGCUCCGAGCCAGAGCUCAGGAGCACAGCACCAAAGUGCUGGGGACUGUGUCCGGGCCUGACAGCCUAGCCCGGAAUGCUGAGGAGCCAGAGGAGGAAGAAGCCAUGGAUGAAGACAGGCCAAGGGAGAAGCUGAGUCCACUGCAGCUGGAGGACAUGGCUUAAGUCAGGGGAGCACAGACCCUGGAACCCCAGGACUCUCCUCUCCUUGGGUCCUGUGGUGCUGGGAGGUGUUCUCUGAGGUAGGGCCCAGGCCUGGCUUCUGCCAGCCUCUCCUGCCCACAGGCCCUCCAUGGCCCCCAGGUGAUUUCAGGCACAACUCAGUUCUAGCCAAGGCUUUGGGUCAUACUGAGACACCCCCUACCUACUUUUGACCAUUCUAGCAUCCUCUUCCUCAUUCCAACAGCCCUGCCUCAGAAGCCUUCUUGCCGCUUAAACCACCCUCUCAAGCCACUUUCACUCAGUCCCUUGGUGGCUCUCACUCUCCAAAUCCACCCCUUACUGUCUGUUCUUUUGCUUGAAAGAGCCUCCUUCCCAGCUCUACAGCCCCUGCGGAUUCUGCUCCACCCAGGCCUAAAGGCCACUGCAGCAAUCGCAUUGCCUGAUGGGCACUGAAGAUCGACACUCCAGCCAAUGUCCUGUGUACCCCAGUCCUCAGCAAAACUGCCCUGCAACCAGUUCCCUCACGAGGGCCUGGGCCUGGGAGUCCGCUGCCGUGUAGAUGUACUGUCCUGUGGGUGCAGGACCAAUGUCUGCUCCUCCCCAUCAAUGUGGCACAGAUUCCAGAUUAAACUCAGAAAGUCUCUGCCUGGACCCCUCAGCCACCCUCUGUCUCAUGCCCCUCAUGGUUACCCUCAGGAGCCUGCUCCCUGCAUACCCGGCCUGCCCCACCAGAGGCACCUUGCACAAAUGCCGUGGCUCUGCCCAGCUCAGGAGGCCAAACCCUUACUCAGGGCCCUUGGGCCUUGUGUUCUGAAGCAUCCUAAACCCCCGAUACACUUCCUGUGCCCCCGACUUGCUGUGCAAGGCACCCUUCCCCUAGAGCUUCUCACAAAUUACUGGUUUGCAUGUGCCCUGCCUUAGAGCAACUCAAUCCAGCUAUAAAAAUAAACACACAGAAAGCCACAGAUCUUAACUUCAUCAGGUGGUCCCUGGGAGGCCAAGCCUGGAGUGGGCCUGGGACUAGAAAUAGUCAUCAUCAAGGGCUGGUUACAAGAAGUAGAUGAGAAGAGGCUCAAAAGAGAGCAAGGCAGGAGCCAGUGUCAGACCCAGACUAGGAAACAGCACACACACCUGCAUGCCAGGUAUUUGCCAGGUGUCUGCCAUGGUGCACGUCCGCUAGAAUAAAACACAGUGACCAUGUUGGAAUAGGGUACCAGGGGCUCCUUCCUGUCUGCUGAUGGGAGGGCCUGUCAGUACUGAUGGCCUCUCUGCAGCUGCCCUUUCCACCCCAGGCCAGGCACCUGUCCUCCUCAUCCCAUGACAUCUUCCUCUCCCAUCUCACCUACCUUUGCAGGGAAUAUCUCAGAAAAGAAAGGCCUGAGAUAGUGAGUUGGGAUUUUAAUUCCAUAUCAAAAGUUGAUUUCUUCUUCACUCAGUUCAUGAAACUUCCCCCUGCAGGUUCUUGUCUGUGUCCCCUGUUGUUUAGAAGUGUUAGACUGUAGCCCCUGCUGUGUAAAUUAUGUAUAUAGAGUGAGAAGAAAGAAACUUGAUAUGGAGGUGUUUGAAAUAUGGAGCUGUAAUAACUUCUAGGUACUCUAAAUCUGUGAUUUCUCUGCCAUUCUCUGUAAAGAUACCAGUAAGAAUAAAAUUGAGGUAAA